AUGGCUUCCAUGGGCUCUGGCUCCUUGUUUGGAGCUGGCGGCCUCGGAGCCACAGCUCAGCCCGCGGGGAUAUCCUCUGGUAACCACCCCUCCAGUCUAUUUGGAACGACUCCCGCGAGUCAGACAGCGCCAAACUCUUCUCUCUUUGGCGGCCAGGCCCAAGCACAACAGCAACCCAGUCAGCCUUCCAUCUUCGGGCAAGGAGGUCAGGCGCAGAUGAGUACGACACAGUCAGUACAAUCUUCGGGCCAGGCGACUCAACCCGCCUUUUUCAACAGCCUUUUGGAGCGUGGAAAAAAAAGACCAAUUGCUUCCAUUGGUCAGAAUAGCAAUUUCGAAGAGUUGCCCAGUCUUCAAUUAGGCCUCGAUGACAUCCGGAGAAAAGCCAGAGAGCUCGGUACAAAAGGCCCCGGUGAAUCGGUUCAGCAGGUUUCAAGUUCCAAAGCCCAUUAUCUCCUAGCCGCUUCGGGCAUCUCGCCUGGGCAUGCCUUGCGAGACCUUAAAGCACUGGAUCCUCACGCUUCAAUAAGCCUGCCCUCAAGAGAACAGGAGGUAUUCGAUCCCGACAAUCAGAAAUUCUUAAGAAAUAUUCAACAACGUGGCCGUAAAGUGAUGAUAGACGAAAGCCUUGCUCGAGCUCAGCGUGACUUCGACACAUUCUUGGAGCAAAAGGUGGAUUUAGACUGGGAGGAUCAGCGCCAACGAAUUUUUCAACACUUCGGUCUGACACACAAAGAUGACUCUUUUGGAGAAACGAGAGGUUCAUUCGGCCGCUCAAUGAGACAGUCCAAACAAGCUGGCCCUACGUCUUCCUUUGGAGCCGCCGGAGCUUCUCGUAGGAGUGUCUUUGGACGCUCUGGCCUUGAAAAAUCAGUCAUUGGGGCCCCGGGAACCGGGAAAGCGAAUCGCCCACUCUUCGAAGAACCCGUGGAUCGAAAUGAGGGAUCUGGUAGCCAAUCUUCAGAUCUUCGGUUUUUGCGCGAGAAAAUGGGUUUUUAUGCGAGUAAGGUUCAACUUCUGAACUCUGCUAGAAUCCAAGGCCGCCCAUUCCCUAUACUCCACGAGUUUUCCGAAGUUGAGCGGCAUGCUGGGGGUGAUGUACCCUCACAACUAUUUGACGCUUACCAAGCUUUGAUUAGCAUUGUUAAGGAAUCUGCAAGCCUCAACACUGUAUCAAAUUCCGAGACAGUAAGAGAGCGGCAGUUCUCUGAGGACUAUUUAGAUGAGACGCCAAAUUCACGCAAGGCCACGAAUCUAAGAAAACGCAUUGUUGAGGGCUCCCGAUAUUUCCUUGAAAAGCAGUUCUACGCCGAGGUCGAGAACGUGAUUGCUAAGAAUCCCCGGGAGGCGCAGCUCGGAGGCAUACCUACUGUUGUCAACAAAAUUCGAGCCUAUAUCCGCCUGAGAGCAGCAAGGAAAGAUCUUGCACCAGACGGGACGGAGCUACAGAUGGUUGGGAACGAUUAUUGCUGGAUUCUAAUAUUCUACCUUCUUCGGUGUGGAUUCGUCACCGAAGCAGCCGAGUAUGUUAGCCAGGAUCCUGGUUUCCGGUCCCUCGACCACAAAUUUGUGACGUACAUGACGACUUUUGCACAGAACAGACGACUACCACGGGAUCUGCAACAGAAGAUUAACGGUGAAUAUCAGCAGCGCUCGCGCAAUGCCCCCGAAAAUACAGUCGAUCCUUAUCGCAUGGCCUGUUACAAGAUCAUUGGCCGAUGUGAUCUGACCCGUAGGCGCUUGGAAGGCGUGAACCAGAGCGUUGAAGAUUGGAUGUGGCUGCAAUUCAGCCUGGCUAGGGAAGAUGAUAGGGCCGAAGAGGUUGCUGGUGAUGUAUUUGGUCUCGAGGACAUUCAAAUUGAUAUCACAGAAAUUGGCCAGAGAGUCUUCGGGAAGGGCCAGGAGGUGUCUGGGGGCUACGGCACUUUCUUCCUCCUACAGAUUUUGGGGGGGAUGUUUGAGCAGGCGGUCUCAUAUCUUGGCUCUUAUGCCCCAGUUAGUGCGGUGCAUUUUGCGAUUGCCUUGGCCUACUAUGGCCUUUUGCGUGUAUCGGACUUCUAUACUUCUGGGGAAGAUAUCUUGUCUUUCACUGUGAAGCAAUAUCCGCAGAUCAGCUUCGGACGUCUCAUUACCCAGUACACAAGGGAGUUCCGCACUGGGUAUGUUGAGGCAGCAGUGGAUUACUUUUGCUUACUUUGUCUCAAUGCCGACCUCCCUGGCUCGCUGGGUAAAUCCCAAGCCUCCGUGUGCCACGAGGCACUCAGGGAAUUUGUUCUAGAAACCAGGGAUUUCGCCAAAUUACUGGGCGACAUACGCUCUGAUGGGACCAGAAUUCAAGGGUUGAUUGAACAGCGCAUGAGUUUGAUCAAACUGGUCGAUCAAGAAGAAUUCUUGAAAACCAUAACCAUACAGGCUGCCGCAAUUGCUGAUGACAAGGGGUUGAUCACAGACGCAGUUCUUCUGUAUCACCUCGCCGAGGAUUACGACCGCGUCAUCGAUAUAAUCAACAGAGCACUCUCGGAUGCUGUGGGAGUUGAAUUGGGUAGCCCUGGUCUCAAGUUGCAGCCUCUACGACCACGAACCAAUUCGCUCCAGCAUCCUAAUGGAUCGGAGAUUGAAGUACAUGCAGAACCUGGCAGUAGCCUUAGCCUCACGGCAGUAGAUGAUCCAGUGGUUCUGGCGAAGAACAUGAUAGGUCUUUACAACACGAAUGCUCUCUACUAUCAGCGCAUUCGUCAAGUCAAUCGUGAUGCCUGUGGUUUGUUACUUAGAAUGAUGGAGGCCAAAGGCGAAGUUGAAGCCGGAAAAUGGACUCCAGCUCUAGACGCCAUUAACGAGUUGAACAUCUUACCCCUGCGUGCAAGAGGCUCUGUCUCUUUCAUCCGGAGUGCUGCUCAAGCAUUCUCAUCUUUUCCUCCCAUCAUAUCGCGUAAUGUUGGGCAUGUGAUCAUGUGGAGCAUCACCAGUAUUGGCUAUGAAAGAGAACGGUUGAGCUCCGGAGCAUACGAGAAUGAAACUAGGCAAGGCCUGGCCGAUGAAUUACUAGUGAUGGCCAAAGAUCUCAUGGUCUUCUCCGGUAUGGUCAAAUACAAGCUACCACCAAGAGUGUAUGAGACGCUUGCUCGUGCUGGGGCGGAUAUUGGGGCAUAUUAA